GGCUCGACUACUUCGCUCGACUUCGCGAGGCAUCCGCUCGACGCCGCGUUUCCUUGCAGUCCAGUGGGAGUAACGGUUGGAGCACUCGCGGCCGGAGAGCACAGCACGUACAGCACAGCACAGCACAGCACAAGCACAGAGGCUGCACAGCAUAAACGCCGCCGUGCAAAGCGGCGCACAAAACACGACAAGGAUGACGAAGAGAGAAAGAGAAGACACCCCCACACACAAGCUCCUCUACUUCGACUUCCCGGGCAAGGCGGAAGCCAUCCGCCUGGCGCUGACGCACGCCGACGUCGCCUUCGAGGACCACCGCUUCGCGGACCGCGCGGAGUUCCAAGCAUUGAAGGCGUCGGGCCGGCUGCAGUUCGGCCAGGUGCCAGCGCUGGAGGUCGAGAGCAAUGGCAAGACGGUGGUCCUGACGCAGUCGGCGGCGAUCCUGCGCUACGUCGCGAAGCUCAACGACAGCGCAAACCUCUACCCGGCCGACCCGCUGCUCGCGGCGCGCGUCGACGCGGUCUGCGACCUGGAGGCGGACGCGUUCGUCGGCGUGCGCGUGUCGAAGUACAAGGAGCGCUUCGGCUUCGGCUUCCUCAACGAGGACAAGUACGCGGGCGAGCUGGCGGGCGUCGCCGAGGCGUUGAACAAGGACGUCGUGCCGCGGCAUCUGACGAACCUGGCGAAGGUGCUCGAGGCCGGCAAAACGGGCUGGCUGGCGGGGACGCCGGAGCCGUCCAUCGCCGACUUCGUCUGGGGCCCGGUGCUGGAUUCCAUCAACAACGGGUGGACGGGCGAUGCCAACGCGUUGACGGCCUUUCCUUCCUUGCGGACGUUUCACGCGCGGUUCAGGGAGAUCCCCUCGGUCAAGGCGUACUACUACGCGUAA